GCAACAGCGGCCAUAACAAGGAAGUGCUUGGUCAUUUUUAGUGACCAGCUGAUUUAGUGACUUGUUGAACGGUAGUUGCCAACAACAAUGGACAGGGUUGCCGAUGGUAUGCCCGAGGAGGAUGUUCCAUUGCAGCCACCUGAAAAUGAAACCCCAGACUUAGUGAAAGGUGGUUUAAAUGACGUUACAGUAUUCCUUGGUCAGUAUGGAUGGUACAUUAUUUUCGCAAUAGUAGCCUUUUUCUUCCUGAAACAAAAACUCCAACCAAAGAUACACAAAUUUCAAAAGAAAAGAGAAGAAAACUCAUAUUAUACACGGUAUGAUGCAUCAACAAUCGAAUCAAGACAGGAAGCCAUGAUGAGGGCAAGAAUGCGAAUGCAAGAGGAGCAUGAUGAAAAAGCUAAAAUAGCUGAAGAAGAGAGAAAAAAAAAAGAGGAACAAAAGAGACAAGAAAGAAUAGAAGAUUGGGACAGGCACCAACAAGGAAAGGGAUACAGAUCUAAAUACAGACCACAGGAAGAACCAUCACCGAGCACAUCUGGUAAAAAAGAAAACAAGGCACCAAAACCAAAACUCAGACAGAAUGAUUACAAUCCUUUGAUGGGAGCAGGUGGAGGAGCUUCUUUUCGGCGAGCACGUCGUGGAGGAGGAGGGUGAGGCUAAAGUGUGUGUACACAAUGUAAGCUAGUCACAUGAUAGACCACAUGACCUACUGGUUCUAAAACUAUUACUUCAGCUUGGUAGCUUCUUUCACAAGAACAAAGAGUUCACAGUUCAGUUACAGGAGAUGACAACAUCCAUUUUAGCAUUUGGGGGGGGGGGUGAGCUUACCAAUUCAGAAUAUACCAUUAUCACAUAGAUCAGUUGUUAUUUCUGGGACGGAAACAGGCAUAUGCCUACUUACGCCUGUGCUGUAGACAGAUUCGUCAAAAAGUAAAAAAAAAAUUAAGAAUUUUGCCAGAGUGUACCAAAAACUGGAAAUAUUUCUUACAAACAUUUCAGUUAUGGUACCCAAUGUUAAAACUUAAUCGACCCUUGCAUAUAUUCAGUCACAAAGCUGAAUUUAAGAAAUUCAAAUGCUGAAAUGGCUAGUUAGUGUAUGUCUGCACAAUCACUUCACUCAAGUCUGAUCUUUAAUAGAAUUGUUACAACAUUCAGAUUUUAUUGACAAAAGUUGUGUUUCCUGAAUUCUUUACUAAUUAUGUUUGUGACUGCUGUACAAACAUUAAUUAUUUACUCAGUUUUGGUCUUCCUAAUGAGUAAAAUUUGCUUUAUUUAA